AUGCUGUCCAGGACAAUUAGGCGGAACAUUGCGUCGCCCUUCCGACGCAAUGUCGUCGCCCCCGCCGCGCGACCCGCCUUCAGCAGGUUCGUGACCACGGAUGCGGCCUCAUCGCACACCGACCCGGCCAACGUGCCAUCGGAGGAUGACAAGCCCUUCGAGAUCCGCCUCUCCGACGAGGCCUUUGAGACGUACGAGCUCGACCCGCCGCCAUACACAAUGGAGGUUACCAAGAAGGAGUUGAAGAAGAUGUACUACGACAUGGUCGCCGUGCGACGCAUGGAAAUGGCCGCCGACAGGCUCUACAAGGAGAAGAAGAUCCGGGGUUUCUGCCAUCUGUCCACCGGUCAGGAAGCCGUCGCCGUCGGUAUCGAACACGCUAUCGAGCGCGCCGACCAUCUCAUUACCGCCUACCGUUGCCACGGCUUCGCUCUGAUGCGCGGCGCAACUGUCAAGUCCAUCAUCGGUGAACUCCUCGGCAGGAGAGAGGGUAUCGCUUACGGAAAAGGUGGAUCUAUGCACAUGUUCGCCCCCGGUUUCUACGGAGGUAACGGUAUCGUCGGUGCCCAGGUUCCCGUCGGAGCUGGUAUUGCCUUCGCAUGCCAGUACGAGAACAAGAAGAACGUCACCCUUGCUCUCUACGGAGACGGUGCCUCCAACCAGGGUCAGGUCUUUGAGGCUUUCAACAUGGCCAAGCUGUGGAACUUGCCCGUCAUCUUCGGUUGCGAGAACAACAAGUACGGUAUGGGAACCGCUGCCAACCGCUCGUCUGCCCUCACCGACUACUACAAGCGUGGACAGUACAUCCCUGGUCUGAAGAUCAACGGUAUGGAUGUCCUCGCCGUCAAGGCCGCUGUCAAGUACGGAAAGGAGUACGCUGCUGCUGGCAAGGGUCCUCUCGUCUACGAAUACGUCACCUACCGUUACGGAGGACACUCCAUGUCCGACCCUGGAACCACUUACCGAACCCGUGAGGAGAUUCAGCGCAUGCGCAGCACCAACGACCCCAUCGCCGGACUCAAGCAGAAGCUCCUUGACUGGGGUGUCACUUCCGAGGAGGAGCUCAAGUCCAUCGACAAGCAAGCACGCUCCGAGGUCGACGAGGAGGUUGCCAUCGCGGAGAAGAUGGCCGUUCCCGAGGCCACUGGCAAGGUACUAUACGAGGACAUCUACGUUCGUGGCUCCGAGCCCGAGUUCCUGAGGGGACGUAUCCCAGAGGAGAACUUUUACUACACUGAGCACGACAUGGGCGGCGAGAAGAAGCCUGUCGCCAGGACUGCGUAA